AUCAAGCCCUUGAAUGUGCUCAUCAUUACUGAUGGCGCGUCAUCGGACGAUGUAGAGAGUGUGAUCGUCUAUUUUGCUAGGCUGCUUGAGGCCGACAAGUGGCCACUUGGACAGGUCGGGAUACAGUUCGUUCAGAUAGGGAAUUCGAGGCAUGCAGCACAGUUCCUUAGAAAGCUGGAUGAUUUGAAGCAGGCACAUAUACGGCACCGUCAGGACAUCGUUGACACAACGCCCUAUAUCGGCCAACUGCAUGCUGACAUGCUGAUCAAGGUCCUUGUCGGUGGUAUCAAUCGCCGCGUGGACACGAAGGGUGGUGGUGCGGUUGUGUUUUAA